AUGGAUAACUCUUACACAUCGUGCGAGGUCGAUCGGAACAGCAAGGAUAUCAGGUUGCUCACACUCCAACACAACAAUGACGAAGACAUCAUCAGAUGCGAUAUGCAAACCUACAGUAGCAGAGACCGUCCAUCCUAUACGGCCUUGUCAUACACAUGGGGCGUCAAUACAAUGCACGCCGACAUCGAGCUCAACGGUUUCAAGGUCUCAGUCCGCGAGAACCUAUGGGACUUCCUGCACCAACAGCUGCUUCACGGCAACUACGGGCCAUUCUGGAUCGACGCCCUUUGUAUAAAUCAGUCAGACGUUCGCGAGCGUAAUCGCCAGGUGCAGAUGAUGGGUUCCAUAUACGAAGAAGCGCAUAGGCUUCUGAUUUGGCUUGGCAAAGAGAGUGAUGACAGCAAUCUUGCCAUGCAGGCGUUGGCGGACUGGGAGUGGUGCCGGCGGACCACUAUACAGCAUCUAUUCGCCACCGAGGGCAAAAUCAGCGACAUUUUUCUCGCCCGUGGAACGAAGAGCGUGGUCACUUGGAACUCGCAGCAAGUGUGCGGUAUACUGUCAUUAUGCCAAAGAAAAUAUUGGUCGCGUAUGUGGAUUAUCCAAGAAAUCAUGCUAGCCAGCCGCAUAGAGAUUCAUUGUGGCCCGAAGAUUCUCGAAUGGUACAAGCUCGAACAGUUGUACUAUUAUCUCAAUACUCAACCAAACGUCCAAAAGGAUAUGGACACGCCUUUUCACAACGCCGUUCGGGCCAGUCCAGCCGUUCGGACCAGUCCGGUUAUGUCCAUCGUUAAGAUAAGGGCUGUGGGUAUGCCGACAGCACAACUUAGAAGAUGGCACAAAGAGUUCUCUAUCGAGGACCUAAUGGAGACAUACAGUGAUCACGAGUGUGAAGAUGUUCGAGAUAAAGUCUAUGCUCUUGUCGGAGUAACGACGUGUGGCUUCAGUAUCGUAGUCGACUAUCGCAAACAAGUAAAAGACGUUCUCCUUGAUGUAUUCUACUUUUCAAGCACCAAGAUGGCCUUUAACGAAUGUUGGGAUAAAGAUGGUCUUUCCAAUUUCGGGCGAUUGUUAGAAAAGGUUUUGAGAGUUCCCUUUCCCGAGCCUGAGUUACAAUUUCAUAUCAACCACAGCUACGCUCUAACGUCAGAAAAACUUCCCAAAUAUAUGCAAAAAAAACGCAAAGAUAGGGAAGAGUUUGGCUUUAAUAUGGUGUACGGGGCAGGGGAGUUCUUCAGAGAUAUACAGUUAGCACGGAGAAACACUUCAUACGCGUACGAGUCAGCACACACUCAGUAG